CAAUAACAUAAGUUGCCUGACCUGACGAGCAGUCCAAACGAGUCGCGAAAUCACAGUUAUACCUCAAAAUGACAGAACCACCACUCACUGACAGCCAGGCAUCGGAAGAGAAGAAAGAUGACGCUGAUGAGAAGGGUAGUGUGAAGAGUUCUGGCAGUCAUAAGGAUAAAAGGAUACCAUCGCCGGCAUUGAGCACUAAAGAUGAUGCAGCAGCUGAUGCAAGGAAUAUGAGAAGAAUUAUCGCAGAAGAUCCUGAUUGGUCAUUAGCUACUGUACCACUCUUGUCUGAGUUGUGUGUUUCACAUAUUGUUGCGGAAUUUGAAAAUCACCCUAAACUUGAUGAAUUGCUACCAAAGUACAAGACUAAAGUACUUGAAAAGAUAUCAACAGAAAUACCUUUAAAAGUAGUUUCUCAUCUUGUGUCAGAUGAAGGCUAUUGGAAGAGGAGAUGUAAAGCACGGUGGGAAAUAUGUGAUGUCUCUAAGUAUGAUGCCAGCUGGAAGCGUAUGUUUUUUGAGCGCCAUUUAGAAAACAUCAUUGAACAUUUUGUCCCUGAGACCACACAGCCUAAUGAAAUUGAAGAAUUGAUGCCAUUGGCAGCACCCUACAUACAGAAACUUGAAAUUAAACAGUUAUUACCCCCAGUGAAGGAAGAGCAGAUGAGACCACUGGAUGAUAUGUCAGAUACUGGCAGUGAAUCAGGGGAUAAUCUUCCUAGUAUUGAUCACUUUGAAUUCAGUCUAGUUCUUGACAGACUUCCUCAUCUACAGGAAUUUCAUGUUACAUAUGGAGUCAGAGACUGUGGCAUGAACUUUGAGUGGAAUCUCUUUCAAUUCACCAACCGGGACUGUCUACUCUUGUCGAAAUGUGUCAAGAAGUGCAGUACCCUUAAAGUCUUCAAAUUGCACAAAAGCAAAGUGGACGAUGACAAAGUGAGAGUUUUGGUAAGCCAUAUAUUGGAUCAUCCGUCUCUAGAAGAGCUUGAUCUUGGGCACAAUAUGAUUGGAGAUCAUGGUGCUCGUGCCAUCGGUAAACUACUCAAUAACCACAGUAAACUGGUUAAACUGAACCUGUGCAACAACAAGAUUCGGGCUAAUGGAGCUGGAGCCAUUGGUCAUGCAUUGACAAAGAACACCACUCUGAAAUUUCUCAAUUUACGACUAAACAGACUCGGUGAUGACGGUGGCCAAGCCAUUGGACGAGCAUUGCUGAAGAACUCCACUCUGGAAGAGAUCAACAUGGGUAGUAAUGAUGUGACAGAACCCACUGCAGCUGUCUUGUCACAAGUAGUUGUCCAGAACUCAACACUGAAGAUAAUUAACCUGUCUUGCAAUAGGCUUGGACCAGAUGGUGGUAAGCAGCUUCAAGAGGGUAUGGAAGAGAACAGCACAGUUAUUGAGAUGGAUCUGAGACUUACAGAGUCAGGACAGGAAAGUGAAUACUGCAUCAAUCAAAUCUUGAAAAAGAACCAGGAGAGGGAGAGAGAGCUGAGGUUGGGAGAUGAUAUGAAGCAAGGAUGAGAAAAAUAUGUAAACCCUUCCAGUGAUUUCAGUCUUGCAUUUAUUAUCACAAAUGUCACGUUUAUAGUCUUGUUUUGAAAUCAUCAAUAAUAUUUGAAAUACAAACUAUAUCACAUCCAAAUGAUUGGACUAUGUGCAAAAUAGUUUGAGUACAGUCUUGAUUUAAGCUACUUGUAUAAAACUCUUCACUUGUUUUUUCUUUGUAAAUACAACAUUUCCAAAACUACCAUUUAUACUUAAAACUGAGUUGUUUAUCUGAGAUUGUUUUGAAAUACUCAUACUAUUAUCUGUCAUAUUUUUUGUUUUCUCAAUAAACUAUACAUCUAUAUGCAAUAGAA